GUUAACUGAAAAAAGUGAUAAAUUAAUAUUUACCAUUUUACCAAUCUUAUGUAUACUAUCAAAAAGGUACAUUAAUUUAAUACGUAUUUGAAUUACAUUUUUUAUAUAUAUAUAUUUAUUUUUCUAUAAAGAUGCAUUUAAGUGUGAGAAAUAUUCAUAAUGGGCCAACAAAACGUAUUUCUAAACUUUUGAUAGCUAAUCGAGGAGAAAUAGCUUGUCGUAUUAUUAGAACAGCACGUCGUUUGCAAAUCGAAACUGUUGCUGUUUACAGUGAUGUUGACAGAAAUUCAAUGCAUGUGGCUAUGGCCGAUCAAGCAGUACAUGUUGGUCCAGCUCAAAGCGCACACAGUUACUUGCUUAAAGACCGUAUUAUUAAUGCUGCAAUUAAAACAAAUAGCCAAGCCAUACAUCCCGGCUAUGGUUUCCUAUCAGAAAACACUUCAUUUGCUCAAUAUUGUCAAAGUAACAACAUAAUAUUCAUUGGUCCUCCGCCUAAUGCUAUUGAAAGUAUGGGAAUCAAAAGUAAAUCAAAAGAAAUAAUGUCUGAAGCUGGUGUGCCAGUAGUUGAAGGAUAUCAUGGUAAAGAUCAAAAUUCCGAUUUUCUUCAACACCAGGCUAAUAAAAUUGGUUACCCUGUUAUGAUCAAAGCCAUUAAAGGUGGAGGGGGUAAAGGCAUGAAAAUUGUUUCCAAAGAAUCUGAAUUUUUUGAAAAUCUUAUGUCAGCAAAAAGAGAAUCAUUAAGUUCAUUUGGUGAUGAUUCAGUCUUGAUUGAAAAAUAUAUUCAACAGCCCAGACACGUUGAAGUACAGGUGUUUGCUGACCAGCAUAAAAAUUGUGUCUAUUUGUUUGAACGAGACUGUAGUAUACAAAGACGUCAUCAAAAAGUCAUGGAAGAAGCACCUGCUCCCAGAUUAAGUGAGAGUCUAAGACAGCAUCUUGGAGAAACUGCAGUCCGUGCAGCAAAAGCUGUUGGGUAUGAAGGUGCUGGUACUGUGGAAUUCAUAUUUGACAAUGCAACCAAUAAGUUUUAUUUUAUGGAAAUGAACACUAGAUUACAAGUAGAACAUCCUAUUACUGAGAUGAUCACUGGGGUGGAUUUAGUAGAAUGGCAAAUUAAAGUAGCUGAAGGAGAACAAUUGCCUUUAAAACAAAAUGAAAUCAAAUUUCAAGGACACUCGGUUCAAGCUCGUAUUUAUGCUGAAGACCCCUAUAAUAAUUUCUUACCUGCUGCUGGGAAUUUACAAUAUUUAGACUAUCCUACUGUGUCUGAUGAUGUGCGUGUAGAAACCGGAGUACAACAGGGAGAUGAUGUCUCUGUGCAUUACGAUCCUAUGAUUGCAAAAUUAGUAGUGUGGAGUGAAACUCGAUCAGGUGCAUUUGCUAAGCUGAAAAACAACUUGGCAGCGUUUAAUAUUGCAGGUUUAUCGACAAAUGUUCAGUUUUUAAUGUCUUUGUGCGCACAUCCUGAACUUUUAAAAGGUAAUGUUCACACAGGGUUUAUAGAACAACAUAAAAAUGAUCUUCUAUCAAGAAAUCUACCUAAUCCUGAAUUGAUUUCUCAGGCAGUGAUUGCUUUAAUAUUGUAUAAUGAAAAUAAAACUAUUAGUACAAAUAUUAAUACCAAUGAUCCAUAUUCCCCUUUUGCUACUCAAACUGGCUUCCGAGUGAAUCACAGCUAUAUACAAAAAAUUAAACUCAAACACAACCUUUGUGGAGAGCUAUAUGAUGUUAAAAUUGAGUACUGUGGAGUUGGAUCUAGUGACAGUAAAUUUAAUAUAUGUUUCAAAAAUAAAGAUACUGAAAUUGAAUCAAAUGUUAGAGGUAGUUUAGAUACAUCAUCGUCCAAUAAAUUCCAUUUAACAUGUGUAGUGGACGGUACAAUGUAUAGAUCCAAUAUUGCAUUUAUAGAAAACUCAGUACACUUAUUUAAUAAGGAUGGUGAAAAUGAAUUUACUGUUAUUUUACCUUUUGAUGAAAAAUCAAUUAAUAGUAACGAACAAGACACAGAAAGCAAUGAAACUAUUUUAGCUCCCACCCAAGCUACAUUGGAAAGAGUAAAUGUGAAUGUUGGUGAUAAUGUUUGUGUUGGUGAUCCAAUAGUGGUUUUAACAGCCAUGAAAAUGGAAUAUGUAGUUAAAGCUCAAAUUGAAGGAAAAAUAGAGAAAAUUUUACGUAAAGAAGGCGACAGUGUCAGAAAAGGAGAACUGUUGAUAAAAAUUACACCAAUCAAUUGAUUUGUAAUACAUUGUUAUACGUUUUUAUAAAAAAUAAAAUAUUUAAUUUUAUAGUUA